AUGGAAGACCUGCUUGAACGCUGCAGAAACCCUCCCCCUACAAUAGGGCCCAAGAAAUAUCCGGGCAAACCGCUUCUAGACCAAUAUGCCAACGCGGAGGAAUGCGAUGAAAUGCUCUGGGACUGGAAGCUCCGGGGUGUGGCGCAUGAGACUCUCCAUAAGCAAUGGGAACGGUUGACUAGAGAAACGAUUGACAGGGGCAACUUGAUAGCCCGAUUUGUCGAGUUGAAGGAACAUUUUGCCGUCACCGGAGACCUCGAAUUCCCGCCCAGUUGGCUCGAAAGAUGGCCAGGGGACAUGAAAUACAAGAUUAUCUCUGACUGA